CAGACUGUUUAAUUCAUGGAAAAACUUUAACGGGCUGGAAACAGCAUCUCAGACCGGAUGUUGAUGGGACUCGUGAACCGGCUCGUGGUGUGAAGUUAUUUUGGCAUGAAUAUCAUACAGUCCCGCUGAAACGUUUUGGUCUGAUUGUUCUCUUCCCCCCCCCUCGUUUUUCACCGCACCUGCAUUUCAGUCCGGAUUCUUAACAGGUUAGCCUAUGGGAAAGGGAGAGUAAAGUGAUGAACCGGGACAGGGCGGUACCGGGGCCCGGGGCGGACGGAGUCCAGACAGUGGUAAGCCGGGACAGAGCCGUAGCAGGGCCCGUGGCAGACGCAGUUCAGCCCGUGAUGAGUCGGGACAGAGCGGUGCCAGUUCCCGGCGGGGACGGGGCCCAAACCGUGGUGGGCCCGGACGGCGGAGACAUGCUGGACGGAGGUGCCGCCGGGGAGAAACGGCUCUUCUCCAACGUGGUGGCCGGCGGCAGAGAAGCCCAGGUCGUGGAGAACCACUCGGACCCUGCGCCGACUCACCCGGUGUUAGUCCCGCCACAGCAGGGCCCCACCGGCCACCGGACCACGUCUUUCUCCGUUCUGGACAUCCUGGACCCCAACAAGUUCACGAGCAACCGGAGACCUCAGCUCCAGCAGCAGCAGCACGCGGGCCACCGAGGAGAGCGCGAGCUGAGCGCGUACGGAGCGGAGAACCGGAGAGGCGGAAGUGGGGAGCGCGAGCCCACCUUGGAGCCCAGCAAAGGCUGCUACGGUGCGGAGGAAUACCAGAGCAAAGAAGGCUUUGUAUACAGAAGCGUAGAUGAGGAUGACUACCACAGAUCCGGGACCCCAGACUCAGAGGCUCCAGACGGGAACUACAGCAGUGAGGAGAGCAGCUCAGCUCUGCCCACUAAUGGAGACAGAGAUCUGGGCCAGCACAGCCACCAGGACCCCGGCAGAGAUGCCGCAAGCCCCGGAGGAGUUGCCGGAGGCCAGACCACCAACGUCCAGCCCAACGGGGGCCAGGGCCCACAGGGAAAGCCCAAGAGGAAGCGCUCUGGCUCGGACUCCAAGUCGGGGAAGCCCCGCAGAGCCCGGACUGCCUUCACCUACGAGCAGCUGGUGGCCCUGGAAAAUAAGUUCAAGUCCACGCGCUACCUUUCAGUGUGUGAGCGGCUCAACUUGGCCCUGUCGCUCUCCCUCACUGAGACCCAGGUCAAGAUCUGGUUCCAGAACCGCCGAACCAAGUGGAAGAAACAGAAUCCCGGAGCCGACACCUCCGCCCCCACCGGCGCAGGAGGAGCAGGAGGGGCAGGAGGGGCGGGAGGAACGGGAGGAGCAGGAGGCCUGGGGAGCCUCAGCCCUCUCAGUCCGUCCCCUCCAAUCAGCGGGCACCUGGCCAUGCAUGCGGGCUACGCGGGCCACCAUCACCCCCCUGCGGGCAGUCUGGUCCAGCUGCCCUUCCUCACCGCAAGCCACGUCCUGUCCCCCUUCAUGCUGGGGACACAGAGCUACGCUGCCCCCGCCUUCUACAGCACACACCUGUAGACACACACACACACACACAGGGUGGUUCAGAGAGAUUCAUCCUCAGAAGUCCACUCUGAGCCCACAGAGACUGAAAUGUUUCAGCGUAGGAAUGAACUGCAGCACAGCAGACGUUCAGCUCUGCUCUCAUUUUUACUACUGACGUUUGAAGGCUUUAAUUUCAACGGAUUAUUUUGAUAGAAUGUGAAUAUCUGCCAGAAACUGUACAUACAUCUGUGUUCUAGCUCCCUACUCCGAAUGCAGUUUGAGACUAUGUAAUAGACAAAUAGUUGAUUUCUUUGUUUUAAAAAAGUCUGUAUGAAUAUUGGAUGUUUCUUUACGACUUAAAGAAUGGCUUGAUCUCUCGUCAGUACCGUGUAACUCCAGCUGUGGUUGUUUUCCUUUCUGUUAUUUAUUGACUUUCUUGACAGUUUCCAUAAAACCCUUGAAUGUACUGAAUCCUCAGCUCAACAUGAUAUCGUCCUUUGAUAUUAAA